UUUUAUUGCCUACUUUCAUCAAAUUCAACAAUGUUUUUCUUUUUUUGUACUUUCAAAUAUAAGCAAGUGUUGAACAGCCUGAGAAAAGCGCGGGCAGCGGGUGUUCUUCUGCUUGUUUGACUUAUCGGUUUUAGAAAAUGACUAGAGAAUGACUAUGAGAGGUUAUUUAUAUACAUCUUGUUAUUAUUAAAAAUAUAUUGUAUUCCACAUUUUAAAAUGGACGACGUUGAGUUGGACUUUUCAUCCGUUCCAGAUUUCGAGGAACUAGAUAACGAAUUGAAAUGUGGGAUUUGUUAUGAACGUAUCGUAACACCUAUGAUAACUUCAUGUUCGCACACAUUUUGUUCUCUCUGCAUUCGAAAAUGGCUGGCAACCAAACAAGUAUGCCCAGCUUGCUCUGAAACAGUUUAUGAAAGUUCAUUGAGGAGAAACCCAAUGGUAGAGAAUAUUAUUACUGCAUUAUACAACUUUGUCAAAAAAAGAGAGAAAAGGAGCACUUUACAGUCUGCAACUCCAGGUUCUUCAAAAAUUAAAGAAACACUGCAAUCUCAGUUAAAAUCCAAGACUAAGCAGAAAACCUCAAAUUUAAGCAAUGAUCACAAUCAAGACUCAGAUAGUGAAGAUGAUUUUUUGCCAAAGAAGACUCCUCCCAUCACUCCGAGGAUGACUGCGAAUGAGAAGUUGACUAUUUCCUCUCGUUCGUCUCCUUCCUCAAACACACCACAAAGGAGUGUGAAUCAGAAGAUGUCAAUAAAAUCUUUGUCAUCUCCUCCGCUUAAAACACCACAAAGAAUUGUGAUGAAGCCAUCAACUUCAUCACCUGCUCCAUCAUCUCCAGCUUUAUCUUCAGCUGCAAUGAACUCUCCAGGACCAGCUGUACAAAAAGGACCAAAAGUUGCAUGCCCUGUAUGCAGGCAAUUGAUGCCAGAGACUAUAAUUAAUGCACAUCUAGACAAAUGCUUGGCAGGGGAGUCAACCAGUGGGUCUAGUAGUAAUCAAAGUGGUCCAAAUACUCCUAGUUUGUCUAGUAAUCACAAUGGAUUAAGCAAAAAGGCUGUGCAACCUGCUAGCCCUAGUAUGAGUCAGUCAGUUUCCAAAACUGUUAAGAAAAGCAAUGAGAGAAGUGGUCAGUCACUGGAACCAAUCAAGAAGAUGGUUUACAAUCUUUUUAAAGAUGCUCAGUUAAAAAAAGAGUUGAAAAAGUAUGGUCUGUCUGCUACUGGUGACCGUACAGUUCUUUUAUCUCGUUUAAAUCGUUAUGUUGCAAUGCAUAAUGCAGAGUGUGAUGCAACUAACCCACGGUCAUUAGAAGAGCUAAGGAAAACAUUUGAAAAAGAAGAUAAGUCACUCAUAGCACCACCAAGCAAAUCAUUUAGUAAAUUAUUUAGUUCAAAGCAGCCAGACCCUGAAGAAUUUGAGCACCAUAGGAAAGGUUACAUUCAACAAAACAAGAGUAGUUUUGACACUCUUGUUGAGCUGGCCAGGAAAACUAGGCAACCAAAGAAAGAGAGCAAAUCUGUUUCCAAUGGAAAUGUUGCCUCCACAUCUACAUCUAUAAGUAAAGUGAAUUUUAACCGUGCAGAUUCAUUAUCAGAUUCUGAAGAAGAACUCAGUGACAACAAGAAAAUUAAAGAAAAGCUGUUAAACCGAGAACUCUCCUCUUCUGAUGAAGAUACAAAUGCAUCUAAGACAACAAAAUCAGAGCUAAAUAAGAUGGAGAACAUGACGAAGAAAUUCAUUGAUCCCGUAGUUAUAGACAGUUCUGACAGUGAAAUUGAUUAUUCACCAUUGGGAAAAGAUAGUCCUGUAAAACGGCACUCUGACAGUGACGAUAGUGACAACCUUUCUCCUGAGGUAAGCAAGACACCUCUGAAUUUUCAAAAAAAGGCAAUGAAUGUCAAGAGAAAAGUUCAGUGUGUUGAAAGUGCAAGUGAUGAAGAAGCUGAAAAAUCUGGCAGGCCAGAGAAAAGAGCUUCUCUUGAAGGAAGAUCUCCCAUACUUGUGAGAAAAACUCCUGUCAGACGAGAGCUAAGAAGCAGGGCUUCUCAAAGCAAGAAAGUAAUUCCAUCUGAGCUCCCGAAUCGGUGUCGGCGUAGUCAAAGAAAUGCUGUGAAGAGCAAUGAAGAGAAACCUUCACAGAAACCCCCGUCCCCUGAUAUGUUUGGAACACCUUCGUCAUCUGGUUCAUCCGAUAUUCCUUGUGGCCAAGCUAAACAAAAACAGAAAGACGAUGCAAAAGAUGAUGAUGCAUUAAGCCAACUUGUUUCCUUAAUUGAUGAUGAUGAUGAUGAUGGAAGCACAACUGAUUUUGAAGAUUGAUGGCAACUGUAAACACUAUUUUGCAUGCAAUGUGUAGUGUUUCUCAGAUAUGACCUGUGAUGGAUAGUUUUAAUCUUUAAUUAACAUUUUAAAUUUUCAAAAAGAAAAAUAUUUUUUAUUGAUUUCUGCUAAAUUUGCAGGGAGAAGCGGAAGAAUGCAUGUAUUUCACUUGUGAAAUGCAAGAUUCGAAUUAAAAACUUUACGGUUGGCUCGACCCACUCAGAGUCUA